AUGCUUGAAACAGAAAGCUCAAAGCCUUUGCAAGUCAAGAGAUAAACUUCUGAGGAGAUUUUAUAGCAAAUGGCUUCGAAGAAUAAAAUUAAAAAAUCGGUAUCAUUGAAAAACAAAAACAGUAUAGCUAGGCUUAGGAUAUUUAAUGAGCAAGGGAUUUAAUAAAAUGAGGAAGUAUUUACAGAGCCAAAUAAAAAAACGAGCUUAUAAGAAAUAUAUGGCAGUCAGUUAUAGUUUAAAAAGACUAGCUAAUCAUAAUAUUUAAACACUUAGUAGAAUUCUUAAAAUUUUCAACAAUCAAAUUAAAAUAUUGGAUAAGAUUUAUCUUAACAAGAUGAAAAAGAAAAGUCAAAUAAAUUUUUAAACCUUAUUGCCCAACUUAAAAUGAAAAAGAUUGCAAAAAACUUUAUUAAUAAUCUACCUCUUCGUAGAUUCUAAUUCUUGAAAAGUAAACAAUAUUCUUUGAUAAAUGAUAAAUCUACAGAUAAAAAUCUAGAGAAAAGUCAAUAACUUAUAGAGGAAACUUAGAAAAAAACCACCAAUAAAACAUUAGAUAGACUAAGAAAGUUUAUUCCUGUUUUUUAACCAUAAAAUAAAUACAAACUUUCAUGGGAUAUGCUUCAAAUAAUAGGGAUAAUAACUUUUAUGUUUACUAUUCCAAUACAUUUAUCUAAUAAUAUUUUACUAGAAGAAAUAAUCAGUAUUUAUUUUCUUAAAACGCUAGUUAUUAUACUAAGUUUUGAUAUUGCUGUUAACUUUAAUACAGGAUUUUUUGAAAAAGGUGAAUUGAUUACCUCGAGGACUAGAAUCGCUCAAAAUUACAUUAAAAAUAUGCUGUUCGUUGAUUUGAUGAGUAUCAUACCUCUUAUAGCUUAUUUUUUAAAGCAUUAGAAUUCAGUUAGCAUAACUAGCUUUUUUCUCCUUUCCUUCUUUUGUAAAAUAAGGUGUUUUACGAGAAUAUUUCGCAAAUUAGAAGAAAUUAUAAGGAUGUAACAUGUUGCACUCAAUCUGCUCUAGCUUUUCAAAUUAUUAUCUACAACACUCAUUUUUACACAUAUAUUUUCCUGUAUUUGGAUAUACACAGGAGAAAAUACAGGUCAAUAGAACAAUUGGAUUUCUUACAGUCGAUUACAAGAUGAAGAAUGGUACAUAAUAUAUCUUAAGGCUUACUAUUUUGUCACUGUUACAAUGGUAACAGUUGGUUAUGGAGAUAUAGUUCCAGUUAAUUAUAUAGAAAUUUUAAUAACAAUUAUAAUAAUGCUUAUAUCAUGUGGUAUAUUUGCUUACGCUUUAAAUUAGAUUGGUAUCAUAUUUGAAGAGCUCUAAAGCUAAAGUAGACAAUCAUAAAAAUAUUUUAUGAUUCUAAAUAAUUAUAUGGAGUAAAGAAAUAUUAGUUUUUCUUUACAGUACUAGAUUAGAGAAUACUUAGAUUAUUAUUGGAAGGAAAGCAAAUAGAAUAAAAGUUAAUUAGAAUAGUAAAUUCUUUCUUAGCUCUCAGAAACUCUAAAAUAGAGACUGUUGAUUGAAGCGAAUAAGAUUAUUCUAAAAGACUCUCCUAUCUUCAACUAUAAUUUUACUGAUAAACUGCUUUAAAAAACUCUUCCGUUGAUAUAAGAGAUGCAUUGCACACCUGAAUAAAUUAUUUUUUCUUAGAAUUAGGUAGACCAUCAUGAUAUAUAUUUUAUUGAAAAGGGAAAAAUAGAAUUGUUUACUAUAAUUAAUCAGAAAAAAAGAAAUAAUAGUGGACUACACAAAUCACUCAAAGUCUUAGAAAAGGGAUCAAGUUUUGGAGAAUAAAGCUUUUUUACAGGUACAGAAAGAAAAAUAUCUGCAAGAAGUCUCGAUUUUACAAAGUUGCUUUAUAUUCGUAGACAAGAUUUUAUAGAUUUACUCAAAGAAUUCCCUUAAGAUAAUGAAUCGUUUUGUAUGAUUAAAGAUCUAGUUAGCUCUGGAUAGUACGAAAAAAUUGGAUUAAAGUGUUAUUGUUGUGAUAAUUCUACUAAACAUAGUUAUGUUGAAUGUCCAUAUAUUCAUUAUAUACCAGACAAAUAUAAGAUUAUUAAAAUGGAAUAUUCUACUCAUCAGUAAAGGCAAAAAAAAGAUAGAAGAAAAUAAUUCAAAGAAAGAGCCCUUAAUGAGCUUGGUAGAAAUACUUAUAAAAUUCAAGAUUUUAUCGAAAAAAACUAAGAAUAUCUUGCUAAAUAAAGCACAGAAGAUUCUUAGGAUGACUACUGUAUAUAAGAGUAUACUGAUGAAAAUAGUAGCAGCUAAGAAUAUGAAAAUUCAAUCAAAAGUGACGAAAGUUCAGAGCUGAUGAGCGAAAGUGAAAUGAGUGUAGGAAGGGAGAAAGAAAAUUUAGAAAACCUUUAAAAAAAAGAGAGUCCUAAAUCAUUUACUUCAAAAAAAGAAAACUAGUAGCAAUCUGAUGGACAAGAUUUUCAUAUUUAAUUUUCAAAUUUCGAUCAUAUCAAUUAGGAUGAUUAAAUAACAUUUAUGUAAGUACCUACCUAAAAUAAAAUAUAAUCUAUAGAAAAAUCUCCUAGCUCAGUUAAUAAGUUAUAAAUUUACAAAGAUUCUUAAAAUAAGUCAGUAUCAAAAAAAGGAGGAGUUUUGAGUAAUUUUUAAAAAUUGAAAUACAAUAAACCAAAUCAAUAAAUAAUAAAUGGCACUGUUGAUCCUUCCCAAGAAAUAGAUUCACCAAUGGCUCAGUACAGAUAAUCUAAGAACUUUUAGUUCUCUCAGUUCAAAAAUAAGAAGAAAAUUAACCAUUUUGAGUAGAAUUAAAUUCCAUAUUCGCUACAUGAUAAUUCCAUUACUUCCAGCAAUAAUGAAAUGAAGUCAACCCCAACUUUAAGAAAAAAUAUUUCAAAGAAUAAAAAUAAUAAUUAGAUUCCUUCUACAUCUCCUUAACUUUAAAAUAGAAUUUCUUCUAAACGGAAAUCCGAUAAAGCUGCACAUAUGCAAAAAGAAAGUGCUAAACAUUAGCCUGAAAGCUAAAAGACCUUUACAUUAGAGAAAGUUAUAGCUCAUUCAUUUCACAACUAAUCAAAAAAUUAUGAGAGUGAUUAAUAGUAUGCAGAAUCUUCACCAUAAUGGUCGCAUAAAGCUCUGAAUAAAUUAUACAAUCUAUCAAUUUCGAGGAAAGAAUCUUUCAAGCAUCCUUAGAGCACACCUUCCUACAGACAUAGUAGCUCAAACACUCAGCUAUUCCCAAAAACUGAACAAAACAACAUGUCUUUGCUAAAUAACUUCAAAAUAAAAGAAUCGCUUGAAGACUUAGAUCGCUUAAAAAUAUUCAGUGUUUAUUUUGUUAAAUUUAAUUUUGACAAGGUCAUUAAAUAUUCUAAUUAAAUUGUGAUGAAAAACAUUAAAAACAUUGUUAAAUCUAAAACUAUAACCAGGAGAUUAACAUAAUAAUCAUCAAAUUUAUUGCAUAAUUAGCUAAUUCACUCUCCUCUAAGAUAGAAUUCGUAGUCAUUUAUAUUUGACUCUAGCAAUAAACCAAAAUAAAGUUAGUAGUCUUCUAAUGCAAAUAUAUUAAAGUCAUGUGAGUAUUUAGAUGAUGAUCUAUGCAUCUUUGAAAAAUAAAAAUAAGAAUUUUCAGGUCCUAACUCUGUUUAUCAUUAAACAAUAAACUAAAAAAAAUAUAACAGCAAACCUUAUUCGAAGCAACAAAAAUAGAGAAUAAUUUAACUUAAUCAAUAGUUUAGGAGAAAAUCUUUAAUGGUAAAAUCCAGAUCAUUCCUUGAUUAUGCAUUAAAAAAAUAUUCUGCAUCUUAAGAUUUUAACUAAGACAUUAAUCAAGAAAAUGCAAGUCCUCAACCUAAGCUUUAAAAAUUAAAAAGUUUUUAAAUAGAUACAAAUAAAUUUAAUGGAAUCAAGUUCUAAAACUUAAAUAAAAGAAGAUCUUCUAUUGAAUCUGAUUUAAAAUCCAUUAAAAGUGUUUAAGAAAACUGUUCCUAAGCAGAUUUAGAAGAUUAAGUAGAUUCGACAAAUAUCAUAAAUAUUCGUUCAAAUAAUUCUCGUUCAAUUGAUUUAAAAUAAAGCUUAAGAAGAACUUCUUUGCCAAAUAAUAAAAUAAUUUCUCUAAAUCUUAUAAAGUAGACUUAUAAAUCUUCUUCUUCCUCUUCAUCGUCAUCCUCUUCAUAAUCUUCUCAUGAAUCGUCUCCUUCAUUAAAAAAAAAAUUAUCUUAGCUUUCAGUUUCUCCAAUAUCAAAAGUUAAAACUAAUAAUAAAUUGAAAAAACAAGAUAAUGAUGAUGAUAUUGACAACUAUGAUGAUGAUAAUUAUAAUAAAAAUGCAUAAGACGAUUUUAACAAUCAAAUUUAUGAUUAAAAUAAUGAAUAAUAUAUGUAAAUUCAAAUAAAAAAUACAUUAAAUAGUGAAAAAAAUAGUUAAUGA